UCUCUCUUACCCUUCGGAGGGGUUCAGUCAUCUCGCGCCAGCCGAGCCACGCGCACUCGCCUGUUUUACGUUCUGGGCUCGGUGAAAGAUUCUCUCUCUGCUUCGGACGCCUCUACGUUCUCACGCGUUCUCUCUCGACUACGGAUCGUCCGACGUUGUUCUAAUAACCCCGUGAAAAACGGGGGUUGAACCGUCGGUUUAGCAGCGGGCCGCGCGCGGUCUCGCAGGAUCGUGCCAACGUUUCCUUUUUUUUUCCUUCUCCCUCGGAUCGAGCGGAGUCAGGAUCGCCUUGGCCUAUCAGCCCGGUCAGUGGACAGCUAGACACACGGAACCAGACCGCCUCCUCCGGACGGAAGCCACGGAACACCCCCACUUCUUCUUCUUCUGGUCAACCUAAGCCUCCCCCACCAACCAGCCGGAGUGGAGUGUUCCGCGGUGUAGAGUGGAAGGCACACCGGGUAGCGAGUUUCACGGGUGGAGAACCCGCGGAUACGUCGCGAUCAACCCCCCAGAAGAAUCGCCGGUAAGGUGGAGGACGUUUUUCCAACGUUUCGAGUUGUUUGAACGCGCUGCUUUCGACGCGAAACGUUUUCCCCCUCGUACGUUUCUGCGUCUUAUCGUGAUCUCGCUCGUUUCGUCCGGUGGACGCGCGCAUACCCCACCCUCUGCGGACCAUUGCCACCACCAGUUGGCAAACAAACCCUCUCCCCACCCCCUCGGGCGUGAGUAGAGAGAGCCGAGCUAGGGAAGAGAGGACAGUGGCAUCAUCGCGCGCCGCCAAUUCUCGACUUCUCUUCGUGAAUUCGCGCUGGUACCGGGGACUUCCGGUUCCACGGCGUCGUCGAAGGGUCGCCGGAGUCGUCGUUCGUGUUACGUCGAAUUAAGUGAUCCGUUUCGUGGAUGUCCAUCGGAUGACAGUGCAACUUGUUGGGGGAAAAAGAGAAAGAAAAAAACAACAGGGCCAGUGCUUUUUUUCUCUUCGUGGACAGUGUGUAAAUAUACGAUCGAUGUGACAAGUUUUUCGUGACCAGUGUGACUCGAGGGAAUAGAUUACCGGAGACAAGCUUGGUGAUCGAUACCCGGCUCGCAACCUCAGUCGGUUCGAACUGAUCGGUGUUAACGCGAUGCCAAAGUGAUACACUCCGCCACACGAAACUUUAGACAGAGCCACCGUACUAUACGUGAGUGAUGAGACACGGCGACGACACGCGAUCGGGUGAAGUUUCCCUCUUCGUGUAGGAAAAUCGACGUAAGGAAGUUACGACCAACGACUAUCGUCAGACCCAUCCACCUUUCAUCGAAUUCGGGGAUCUCAUCGCCGGGAGAGCGCUACUAUGUUCACCAAACGAGAGACAAGAAGCGGAGGAAACGGAGAUACUCGUUGAGAAAGGGAGAAAUAGAGAGAGAGAAAGAGAGAGAAGUCGAGAAUGCAUUGAAGAGCCGGCCGAUUGAGGAGAUUCGAGAUGUCCGCCGUAACCAGCCCGUAUGGCCCCACGGAGAGUCGAGUGUGAGCUAAGAUUCCUCGCUUUUCCCGGGUCGAAGGACCCGGAGUCUGCACCUGCCUCGGUGUCUGAUGCCCCGGUUCCUUUCUCAUCAGCGGAGAUGCUUUCCGACUCGGUGUACAACUACGCAACGACCCGGCGGGGGACCGCCGAUCAGGACAGCGACUCCCAGUACGAGGGCCAGGCCCAGCUGCAGAUCACUAGCAUCCAAAAGCCGCGUAACAAGCGCAAGAACUUCAAGCCGAUAAGCAGCCGGAUGGUGGAAGUGUCCGAUGAAUCUGAAAAGGAGGACGAUGAGUUGGAAACGUUGGAGGAGAGUUCCAGCGAGAUAUUGGAAUACGAGAGGAAGACGAUGCUGUUGCCAGCGGAGGAUAGAUCGAAGCAAAGGCUGAACAACAACGAGGUCAGCCCCAUGGAUCUGUCCGUUGCUACCAGGCCACCAUCUUCCGAGGCUGACGAUGACAGUGGGGAUUCACUUAGGCAUAAGUUCAUCCUGGAACAGCUCAGAUCUCAGAAACUUUACUCCCCUGGUACCGAGGCCAGAAGUCCGAACUCAGAAUCGUCGGAGAAAAGUGGAAGCGGCGUUUUGGAUACCGAAUCGGGACGAUUGGACGAUACUCCGUUCGAGGAUGAUCGAGGGCAGGAUGGUGACGGUGAGACCGAGUGCGAGGAGAGAAAACCCUUCGAAGGAAUGAGGGAGUACGCUGAAUCGACUAUGCAAGAGUUGUUGGCGAUUUACGGGCUGGCGGGAGGAGAAUUGGCCAAGUCAGUGAGCAGACAGCUACCGCCGACCUUUCUGAACCCUCCGACUGGUCAUCAGCCUCACGGGAAGGUGAAAGUGAAAGAGGAAAAGGAUGCAUCGUCAAUGGCGCCGGGAAGUCCUCCGACGCCUCCGCACACCCCCCAAAGCCCACCGCGACACAAUCCACCCCCUAGCAACCUGUCUCAGUCCUGUCAGACUUCGAAUGCCAAUUCACCAAACUUACAACAGCAGCAGCAACAGCAUCAGCAACAAGAAUCGAAUCAACAACAGCAACAACAACAUCAAUCGCUUCACGCGAUGGCUAACACACCCCUCAGCCAGAUCUUAGUGCAGAAUCCGGCAGUUGCUCAACUAUUGCAACAAAAUCCAGCGAUUCUGUCGCAGAAUCCGCAAUUGGCGCAGUUGUUGCAGCAAAAUCUUCAAGUUCAGAUCGGCAGCGUCCUUUUCCAGAACGUCAGGAGGGAGGAACCUGAAGAGCCGAGGGUACCGCCGACAAUAGCGAGCCUGGCGGCGAUGAAGGUGGAGGCAGCUGACCCGAAGGUUUCCGCAUUAUUGAGACAAAGCAUGUCUCCGGUUGCGGACACCUUGAUCGGUAGCUCGAAAAGCUCUGUGUCACAACCGAUAAUCGAUUACUCCCGAUACGUGAGGCGGUACACGUCGGGUCAAGAAUGCGGUAGCUCGUAUUGUAAGGAGCUCGGUUGCCGAGAGCAUUUUCACUGUCUGGACUGCAGUGGUAGGGUCUUUGUGAAAAAGGAGGAAAUGAUCAGGCAUUUCAAGUGGCACAAAAAGAGGGACGAAUCUUUGCAGCACGGGUUCAUGAGGUAUUCGCCGACGGAUGAUUGCUCGGAGAGGCAUCCGGGUCGUGCUUGCCCCCACAAUAGAAAACAGACACACUACCACUGUAUCCACGAAAAUUGCGAUAAGGUUUACAUAUCGACAUCAGACGUGCAGAUGCACGCCAACUACCAUCGCAAGGACUCGGCUAUCAUACAAGAAGGUUUCCAGAGAUUUCGCGCUACCGAGAGCUGUGCUACCGAUCACUGUCCCUUCGUUGGCCAGCGGACCACGCACUUCCAUUGUCGCCGACCAGGUUGCCGGUUCACCUUCAAGAACAAGGCUGACAUGGACAAGCACAAAUCGUACCACAUCAAAGACGAGCAAUUAUCCCGCGACGGGUUCAAGAAAUUCAUGAAGUCCGAGGCGUGUCCCUUCGAGCAAUGUCGUUUCUCACGCGUCUGCAAUCACAUCCAUUGCAUACGACCUCAUUGCAGCUACGUUCUCCAUUCAUCCGGUCAGCUGUUUUCUCAUAAACGAAAACACGAGCGUCAUGAGACGGAAUUGGCUUACAGAAAGUACAAGCAGAUCAACGCUGUUGGCGGUAUUCGACCGCCAGGAUCAUGGCCACCGGAUGAUCUCAGCACGCAGAGUCUCUCCUUGAGUCUUAAUGGCGAAAGCUCGAACGAGGAUAGAGGCUCGCCGUCGUAUUAUUCUUUGGAUGAUUCCUUUCAGAGUGGUAGCGACCUAGCGAUGGAUCUCACCGCGCCAACAACCACGGUCACUGCUAGUGGAAGUUCCACAGUGACUGUGGAUCAUCAGCAUCAACAGCAGCAACAGAGUCAGCAGCUUACUGCCACAGAACUCGCGUAUCUGGUACCUGCGACAGCCGACUGUCCCUGUCACAUAGGUAGAGAGCAUCACCACUGCGGAUUAGAUCGCUGUGGUACAGCUCUGAAGGAUCCUCGCGAAGUCAGGGAACAUUUGAGAGAGCACGAGACUCAAGAGCGUAUCACCGAUGCCUUCUUCGAGGAAGGUGGCUGCGACGACAGUUGUCCGUAUGCCGAUAAAGAGAAACAUUAUCAUUGUAAUUGGGAGAACUGUCGCGAAGUAAUCCUUUCGACUGAUAAACCCUUCCGUCGACUGCAACAUUAUAAGAUUCAUGAAUAUAGUCGACAGUUAAAUCUCUCUUGUUCUUCUCACGCUCUAUCCUCUGAUGUUACGUUAACGCACUUGACUAAUAUCGACGCGAUGUUCAGGCGGAAGAGAGGCAGGCCUCCAAAAAAUAGGGUUAUCGAAAUUUGGUCCGGCGGUGACCCAGCUACUCAUACUCACGACUCUCCACAAGCGAUCUUCACCAGUUUCAAGCUACCCAAACCUCAGACGCCUAGUCUGACACCCAAUCCUAUGAUCGAAGAGAGAGAAGGAAGUAUCUCACCUUCGAACAGUCUUGGCGAACCAGAAGGAUUCUCCACCUACAAUCCAGACGGUUGCCCAGAUCCGGCUUGUGUUCUCAGAUCAACGAGACACCAUCACUGCUCGCAGCUGAGGUGUCAUUUCUCCACCGAUAGACCCGACCAGCUACUGAUGCAUAGCAAAGACUUUCACGAUAACGUCGACAUACCGCCCGGCUUUGCCUUCUUCGAUAAGAUGGUAGAUUGUCGACUGGCUGGCUGUCACAGUAAUCGCGUUAAUCGGCAUUUUCACUGUACCAGGCCGAACUGCGGCUACUCCUUCGUCAGAUACUCGACGAUGGCAAUGCACGAGAAACAGCACAGUAGUCACGACGAUCGACCUGAAUGCUCGUCGAACCAAGAAUGUCAGACGCAAAUUCAACCUAUGGUUCAAGAAACGAAGCCGAGGAUUCAAGUAAAGAAUCCGGCUGAAUUAAUCGAAAAACCUGAGGAAAGUUUGGCCAGUGACAUGGAGAACAGAUCAAUUAUGGACGAAAAGGAAUCGGAGAUCCCUAGCCCAGAUGUUAAUAAGACCACCGUGGUGAGGGCGGCUGGCACCUAUUAUCCGGUCAGUGGACCGCCGAGUGAACCCGCACUUCCGGGCGUCGUGCUAUCCAUGCGAACUUCCGUGCACCAAGAGUCGCCGGUUCUUCCAUCCACGUCUUCAGCGUCGCCACAUACACUGUAUGGACCAGAGCAGAGCUGUAGCAGGCCCUUCUGCAAAUUAAAGCGCAAAAACCAUUACCACUGUAACGCCUGUAAUCAAGCAUUCUCCGAACUGGACCGACUGGUGGCACACAUAGCGAAACAUUCUACAGGCGCCAUUCUCAGUCAACAGCAGCACGAUCUAACCAGUCAAGCGCCUAGUCAAAUGCAACACGACUAUCUGGCGCAAUUAUCGCAGAAGCACGACUUUAUGGCACAGAACGCUCAAAUGGCUCAGAAUAUUCAGAAUUUCCAGAAUCAGAUGCAACGUCAGAUGCAGCAGACUCUGGGUCAAAUUAGCCAACAGACCCAAGUGAAAGAGGUGAAAAUCGAGCCAACGAGAUGUGGCUCGGAUGUGGGAGUUCAGAACGUUCCCAAUGUUAAGAGAGAACCGAGUGAAGUAUCAAGGGACGAUGGAAACAAUUCGGUGAUGGAUAACAACGAGAAUGGCCAGUUGUCUCAGCCGAGUAUGCCAACCAGUGUCCAACAAUCCCCAGUUCCCACCAGCUUCGAACUCGACCUUAGUCACGGAUUCCAUUUUCCUAACCCUGCUGUAAUGGCUGCUAUGAAUCAACAGAUAGCCUUGAUGAACCAAGCCCUGCCACCUUUCCUGCAGCAUGGCGGCAUGUACACUGGUGGACCAGGGCUGAUGUUUGCUCCAGGUUUACCUCCGACCAAUUUUCUACCUCCAACCAGAGAUGAAAAUCCUUUAGCUUCGUUAGCUGCGAAUCUUAAUCUCAACAAGAGAUCCUUGUCUCCACCUGAUAGUAAUUCUCCAGAGGCGAAGAAGCAGAGGCUUCAUCAUUCCAUGCGGAUGCUGAAGGACGAGCCUGUACCGGAGGGAUACGUCAGGUUCAGAUUCAACGAAGACUGUAGGUACCCGCACUGCGGCUACAGAGAGCACCAGACACAUUUCCACUGCAUGCGUCAAGACUGUGGCUACUCGUUCUGCGACAAAACGCGUUUCGUUCAGCACACGGCGAGACACGAGCGUCUCGACACUCUAAUGGGCGGUGAUUUUCAACAAUAUAGAGCCAAUGUUCCCUGUGGAAGAGCACAGUGUGCCUACACCUCUUCGUUAGGCUCGAUGCAGAACAAGGCUUCGCACUUUCACUGUUUGAAAUGCGAUUUUGUCUGCACAGAUACGAACAAAGUGGUCGCUCACAGGCGACAGCAUGCGAAAUUGGACAGUAUCGCGGCGGCCGGUUUUCAGAAAUUCACGCCGAGUCAGCCUUGCGGUGGUGUCCAAUGUCAGCAUUCCGGUAAACAGACACACUACCACUGUCUUCAGUGUCAGUACGCUGUUCUGGGCCUAGCGCAGAUGUCUGCUCACAAGUAUCGACACAUGGAUACAUAACGACGUUCACCGGAGCUACCACUCGUUGGAGAAGACUCAAGAAAGACAAUUCUCUGGUCCCCGGUAGACAUUCCUUGAAGAGUCCAGGCCCGAAGCCGAAGAAAGAGUAAGGAAGCAGCGGGGGGCUGAAUCCAGCCGACAAAUUCGGAUCUCGCUGAUGAAAUCUGAUUACAAGAGGACCGAGGGAGGAGUAAACUAAAAAAGACAAUUUUAUGCACCCUGUAGACAUUCCCUGCAGAAUUUCGCUCGCGAUUGUCCAUGCCCGAUACGCACGACGCGUAUGUACGUUUGUUCGACGAGGCUGGAUGAUUAGGAGCAGACCCCGACCGCGGCCUAGUCAUUAAUCUUCAGCCGUUCUAUCGACCAGGAGAAAUCGAUAGCUCUUGGCGGCGUGUGUGUCUUCUCGUUCGGAUCGAAACAGCAUAUGUAUAUAUAUAUAUACAUAUAUAUCGGUCGAUGCAUCGAAUGGAACUGUUCAGUCAAACUCGAUGACUUCGUACUUACCAGAGGAGAUAUUUAUUAACUGAAUGACGAUCUUUUUUUUUAAUAUUUUCACGAUCCUUCUCGAAUCGUCUCGGCGAUGGGCGAAGAAGUGGAGAAUUUUUGAAGAAUUUUGAAUGAAUUUCGUGUCACAGAAUGAUUUCGUAAUGAAAGAGAUCUAUGGAACGACGGAAGAAACCUGGCAUAGAACCGUAGACAAUAAACAUGAACGACAAGUCUAUCUUAUAGCUUUAGAUCGCGAGGAUAAAAGACAAACUAUAAUAUUUAAAAUAGAAAAAGACCUUGUACAUUUCGUUUUCCUUCUUUGUUUUCCUCAUAUUUUUUUUUUUUUUUUUUUUUUUUUUUUUUUUUUUUUCUAGUAUCACUCGCGUACCCUCCGCGAAAUUAGUCGUCACGACGAUUUAGCUCCUAGAAUAUAGAUAGUUAAUAUAUGUAAAGAACUGACACGCGAGAGAGGAAAAGCUCGAAUCUCUUUGCAGAGAACUUACUAAUGAAAUUUACUGAAACUCGAGUCCAGGAUUAUAUAAUUCAGACUGUUGUUUUUCUAUGUAAAUGAUCACCGGCAAGAAAGGCGAGUUAAAAAGACAAGAACAUUGUGUCUAGUCCAUCGCGUCAUUGAUGAUCGUUGCUAAUUAACGCCGAAGAAUUUUCCAAAAAUUCACGGUAAUUGGUAAAAUGAAAACAUAUAGCAAAGAGAUCGUUCGUCAAUGGUGCAAUGAUUUUUCUACGAUUGUUCAGUUUUCCUUUUUUUUUUCUUUUUUCUUUUAAUAAGAACUCACAAUUGUUUUCUUAGUUCCUCUUUUAUAUUGACAAAGGAACUUGCAUAGCCGAAAUGGUAACGACUCGUACUAAAGAUUAUACGCUUUCUCGGGACACGUGCCACGACUAGGAGGGUAUGCGUUUCUCAUUAAUCGUAUUACAAACAGUAUUGAUAAAAAAGGAUAUAAAGUAAUAAAAAAAAAAAAAGAAAAAACUGCAAGAAAACUGAGAGUUAACAAAAAGACUGCCAGCCAAGACGAGACAGGGCGAACACAGAUCAAGGAGUAUUCAGUGACUCUUGUUCGCUUUUCAGGCAACCGUUGCUUGCUGUAAUUUUAAAGGAGUUUUAAAGGAGAAGCAUGUACGAAAGGUAUACUUUAAAAUGCGAAUGCUCGAAAUAGAAGAUCGGCUGGUGUGCGUUUUAGAUGCGGUGCGUAUCGGAAACGAUAGGAAUUCUCGCGUUCCUGUUCCCAGGGGAUACUCAGCAAUGUUACGAUAUCAUUAAUUUGGUAAAGUAGAUUUCUACUGGAAAAAUAUUUUCAUUCGUCUUAAUAUCGGAGCGAUCGUAUACAGCAAAUUUGAGUAGAAAAAGCUUUUCCAUUUUCCAAAAUAUCAAUUAAAGCUUCGUCUCUAUAAAAGUUGCCAAACAUCACAGUAUGCGUUUAUCUAUUAAUUUAAAAAAUUAAUAUUUUAUAAUUUUAUUAUUCUCUGUAAUAUCCUAUAGGAUAUCAAUUUUAACAAUUUCUAUGCAAAUUUUCGACUUUAUUUAUCGUAUCGUUGGAGCUUCCCCCCUAUUAAAAAAAAAGACGAUCGACGAGUAACACGACGGACCUAAAGAAGACAGUGAAUUGCGUAUUUUCUCGAGGAAUACGAUCGACUAUGUAGCUUUUAGAGUGUGCAUAAUCCCACCGGGAUGAAAUGUAAGCGUGCGAGCGUUGGGUGACGCGCUAGGGUGCCUUUAGAGUUUUCCCCGAACUUGUAGGACCGUGCCUUAGCAACAAUGACCGAUUAUUUACACAAAUUCUUUUAAUACGAAUGAUAAUAAAAAGAAUAAGAAAAAAAAGACACACUGCAACGAUGUGAAACACGAUCGUAGGAAGUUAGUGCCUUAAAGAAGCGCGUCGAAAUACAAGAAAAACAAAAAAAAAAAAAAGAAAGAAAGAAAA